GAUGGCAAUUACGAGGUGACCCUGAUGACAAAGGCGACGGUGACAUGGGAGGGUGAGGUUUACUGGAAGCCUCCAGCGAUCUACAAAUCGUCCUGCGAAAUAAACGUCGAGUACUUCCCCUUCGACGAGCAAUCCUGCCUCAUGAAAUUCGGUUCCUGGACAUACAAUGGAGCUCAAGUCGACCUGAGGCACAUGCUCCAGACCAGUGGCAACAAUCUGGUGGAGAAGGGAAUAGAUCUCAGUGAUUUUUACAUGUCCGUCGAGUGGGACAUCCUAGAGGUGCCAGCUGCAAGGAACGAGGAGUAUUAUCCCUGCUGCACUGAGCCAUACACCGACGUCACCUUCAAUAUCACUAUGAGAAGGAAAACCCUAUUUUAUACAGUCAAUUUAAUCAUUCCCUGUGUCGGAAUCACCUUUCUCACUGUUCUCGUAUUUUAUCUGCCGAGUGACUCCGGUGAAAAGGUGUCAUUGUGUUCAUCAAUUCUCCUGUCUCUGACGGUGUUCUUCCUUCUACUAGCCGAAAUCAUUCCACCGACGUCUCUUGCUAUUCCACUGCUUGGAAAAUAUCUUCUUUUUACGAUGAUCCUGGUGACUCUGUCAAUCUGGAUAACGGUUGUAGUGCUGAAUGUCCAUUUCCGAUCGCCUUCCACCCACUUCAUGCCCAAUUGGGUUCGAGUCGUUUUUCUCAGCUGGAUGCCCCACAUUCUGAUGAUUCGCAGAACUCCAUAUUCAACUCCUGAAUACAGUGAUAUGUUCAUGGAGACUGGGUAUUCUAAUGAAAUCGCUGAUUAUAGUUGUGGAGAUAGUGUAAGUGAAUAUACAUCAGACUUGAAGGAGAAUCCAGACGAAUUCGACCGAGUGACUCUGGCCUACAAAAACAUGGAGGACGAAAACGGACACCAUCACCAGGACCGUGGUUCCUCGGAUCAUGAACACGACAACAUCCUCCUGAGACAUGCCUCCCCAGAUGUCCUAUCCGCCCUGAAAGGCGUAUGUUUCAUCGCCCAACACAUCAAAGACGCUGACAAGGACAACGAAGUGAUAGAAGAUUGGAAAUUCGCUGCCAUGGUUUUAGACAAAUUCUUCCUCUAUCUGUUCACUCUGGCCUGCACCGGGGGCACAAUUGGAAUAAUCUUCCAAGCACCUAGUCUCUACGAUACCCGACCAUCACUCGACGAACAACGAACACCCGGAAUUCCAAUAAGGGGUGGACGAGACAUGCGGACAUUCGGUGUCAAUGAUCUUGAUAUGAUCUUCCAUGAGACAUGAGAAUAUUUAUCAAUUUUAUAAUUGUUUUCAAUAAUAAUUGACCUCAAUAAAACCCACGUUGC